GAGCUCCUGAUACGAACCUCUCACCUCCUUCUCAUGCUCGAAAAAUCGAUGGAUCAGGAAGACAACUCAUCGGCCAAAGCUGUCGUCUUUGGCUCGUUCGGGUAGCAAACCAUUGCCGCCGCAAAAGAAGAUGGGAAUCACAACACACUCAAGCGCUGACCUUCUACGCCGCUCUGUGAGGGCAGGCAAUGAUGACGAUGUGGGCAAAAGCAAGUUUGACUCUAGUCGUGCCGGAGAGCAAAAAGAGAAUGACCCGAAGGCGAUUUGAACGCCUAACCUUCAGGAGACACCUUAACUGGAAUCUGACGCGCUACCAUUGCGCCAUCGGGCCGGUAAACCGUGUCAUUCGAUUUGAUAAAGGAUUUGUGACAACAGUCCUAUUUAUACUCAGUAAAAGCUGUCCCACGACUUGCCAGCAUGGACUCAGUCGCAUGUCCCAAUGCACCUCGUUCGAAAUUAAUGCCUGCAAUCUAUUUUGUGCAGUUCAACCCGCGUUAUUAAGUUACCAAUUUCAAUGUGGAAAGCAACCGUGCUUCAACCCCACCACCCCACAUUGCCUAGCACAAGCAUCGGCCAGGACCGCGGCACAGCAGCGAGUUCCCAUGUGCAGACAAUCCGCGUCUUUACAUAUCUCAAGCGACUUGGCAGCUGUUUCUGUCUGCCCCUAUAGAACUACGGGCCGCUCCGGGUCUUUUCGAUAAUAAUUGCUGUCACAGUCGAACCUAAUAGAAGCGCGCCAAGCGGAGUUGAAUUGAGGAGUUGUAUGUCUGAAAGAACGCUUACCCUUCUAAAAAAACAGUCGACACCAUUGUCCAUCCUGUCACAACAGCUUCCAAACCGACAAAAACAUCUCCGCUCCCAGAAUCGAACUAGGGACCUUUCGAUAACAACAGCUAUUACAGUCGAACGUGAUAAACCAACUACACCAAGCGGAGUUGUGCGUCUGCAAAGAACGCGCUUGUGUCUGAUUUGACUGAUGAAGGGUCAUCUUGGAUGGUGUGCUCAUG